AUGCCGGGGGCCGGCCAGCAGCGCGUAUUUGUGGAGGCGUAUCUUGGCGGGCUUCUGGCCGGCCUCGGCCUGGACCCGCCAGCUGGCGCAGCGGCGGCGGCGGCGGCGGACGGGCUCGGUGAGGGGCUGUCGAUCGCGGCGGCGGCGGCAAGCGGCGGCGGCGGCGCGGCGCUGCGGUCGGUUUGGGGGUGGCUGCGGCUGCACGGGGUCGAACGGCCGGCGGACGCCGGGCGCGGCGCCGUCUCGCCCGCAGCGUGGCGGUCGCUGGUCGCCGCGCUGCAGGCGGCGGCGCGCGCGUACGAGUGCACGAGCCACCUGGUGUGGGCGCUGUGGGGGCUGGUGCAGGCGCGGGACAGCGCGUGCCCCGAUUUUGAUUACAUGUCCUACGCUCAGCAGCGGUGGGAGCGGUACAGGGCGACGCGGCCGGCUGAGCUGGCGGGCGGGUGA